CCUCGUUCCGUACGAAGGCGAGGUCAAGAGGAAAGUAGACAAGUGGACAGGAGCCGCGGCAGCAUCUUUCACACUCGUCCUCGAACGAGCACCUCGUCCAGAGCUCAUCUGUGUCUUGCUGUGUGUCUCUGUGUGUGAGUGAACUGUUGGAUGUGCGUGUAGAGUUAGAGAAAGGGCGGGGUGCCGGGACGAGGACGGGAUAGCGCGCUCAAGUGGCGCAGGAAGUAUAUUUGGGUUGUACGAGGUAUCGCGAGCGGAGGAGGGAACUCUAGAUGUGGUUUUGUUGUAACUGAGUUUGAACGAGGAGAGGAGAGGAGAGAAAUCUAUGGACAGGACUUUUGUGGAGGAGGAGGAGGAGGAGCUUUCCGACUCCGAGAAUGAGCAGGCGAACGUCCGGUGGGCGGAGAUGUUGCCCGAGACUCUCGUCGAAGUGAUGAGGAGGUUGCCUUCGAGGGAACUUCUGCAGACUGUACCUCAAGUUUGUAAAGCUUGGAGAAAGGCUUCGCUGGAUCCUGCCUGCUGGCAGGUUGUCGAUCUCAAAGACUGGUGCAUUUCGGCCGGGGGAGGUGAAAUUGUCGAUCGCAUGGUGAAAUUGGUUGUGUCUCGGAGCUGUGGUGGGAUUCGGGAGCUGCGUGUGACGAAUUUGGACAGCGAUGCCAGUUUGCACUAUCUCGCGCAGAGUCGUCUGAGUUCGUUGAGGACGCUCUGCAUUCCUUCCUCGAAGAUAACUGAGGCUGGCCUUUGUGAACUCAUUUUGACCUUGCCUUCACUUGUGCAUCUAGACAUAAGCAAGUGUAGCGCAAUAAAAUGUAAAGCGUUGGAAGUUAUUGGUCAGACCUGCGAGUCACUCAUCAGACUUGACAGAAGCAUGUGGGCUUUGAAUCUGGCAACUAUGGGACCUAGCGAUGACUCGGAAGCCCUGGCCAUUGCACAUAACAUGCCCAAGCUUAAACAUCUGGAGAUGGUAUCAGGUUUGUUGACUAACGCAGGCCUGAUCGCCAUCCUGGAUAAGUGUCCUGAUUUGGAGUACCUGGAUGUUAGUCGUUGCUGGAACGUGAAGUAUGGGUGUACCAUGUCUUCAAAAUGCCAGAAAGUGCGCCAGUUCAUCGGAGGGAACACAGAAGGAUCUGACUAUGAUUACGAUGAAGACGAUGACGACAAUGCGGAAGAAUGGGACUACAGAACUGAGUUUUUCGAGGACUUCGAGUAUCUUGAAUCCUAUAUCGAAGAUGAAUUUUCCUUGUUUGAUCUUUAGAUGCAGGUCUCACGGAAGGGAUAUGACAUGUCAGUAAUGUAAUUUCGAGAUUAUCUUUCUCUCCUCAUUUAUAUUUUUUUCCCCAGGAUCUCACAGGAUGUGGUAGACGCAUGUCCCCAUCCUCAGGCAGUGAAAGAAUCCAUCAGUCAUUAGGAGAAUAGCAGAAAACUGAGCGGUCCUUCAUGACACCUACGUAGCAAAGAGCUAGCAUUUCUGUGUACACGUCGGAUUGAGUCUCGCCCCGCAGACUAAUUGUUCGUACUUCAUGAACCUGUUACCAGGAAAAGUGGUCGUAUAUUUGUUCGGUGAGAAAUCUCUUAUUCUGAUAAUUUUGUAAGCCUGGGACUAUCGUUUCUUAAGCUUUCCUCCAUACUAAUUUUAUCACUCA